GAGUUGGGGGGUCGAUGACAGGACACCAUGUGAAGGACUGAAGAUUGAAGAAUGUCAAUUCUUGCCUGAGAAUGGGUAGGAUUACAGAAGAAACCACCUAGAAAAGAGAAGACACUCUGACUUGGGAAAUGGAAAAAUGCCUGGGAUAAAAAAUUCAGAAGUUAGGGACAGAAAAUCUGAGUUUGGAAGUCAGCGUGAGAAUAUCUAGAGGCAGAAUGAAGAGACUGGGUCCCCUUGCUUUGGCGUUGAGAGGAGACAGUGCUCAAUACUGACUUUCCUCUCUCUGGUCGUGUGACUUGUGUUGAUAUAAAAGCUUUCUGUCAGCCAGGUUCCCUACAAUUCUUUCCUCUGUGAAAUGGGUAGCAGUGGCUAAAACUCUGUUCUUCUUUCUCAGAAGCAUACAGACUGGCCCUGAAGACUAAGCCCAAGAAGCCACCUGCUGGGAGCAAAGACAAGGCAAGGCAGCUAGCUUAGUGCUUGUUCUCUGGGAAGUGAGGUUGGGAUCAGAAUCACAGGGGAUGGUUUUGGGGGGCUGGAGGAAGUCUGUCAGAAAUGGAAAUGUAAAGAUCAUACCCAGAGAUAGGAGCCAGUGUGGUGGCAGAGAAACAUGGAUGGGCAUUCAAAACUGGAGAGAGGAUGGAGGGGCAAACUGAGUCCCCCUAGUAAGAAGAGAAAUUCUUCAGUUUAGAGUCAAAACAACAGUCUCAGGUCCCAGAUACUGCCAUGGGCUUCUCUGAUAUUUCUCUAAUGUGCUUUGGGGAAAAGCCCAAAAGGAUAGCGCUGGCUUAAACUUCCUCCCUGCCACUCCUUUCUUAAGCUUCACUUGCUUGCCUUUUUCAGUAGAAUCCCAGAGUCUGGUGUUGGACAAGGGUGGAAAAGGUGGAGGAGAGCCUGUGUUCUGCAAAAGGGGAGGAGAAGGAGGUAGGGAGAAGGGGUAGGGGUGCUGGGCACCUGAUUCCUGCGAGUGAGGCAGGGUCCUGAAGACAGGCAGCUCUGGGUUUCCCAUGCCCAGAUUCUCAUAGUCCUGGUUGAAUGAGAGAGGCCUCCUACAGCUAUCUCCUUGGUGCCAUGUGGCUUGCCUUUCACUCCAGCAGGUCUGUGACUGAGAAAGGGACUUAGUGAAGUUGGAAACUGAUAGCAGUAACUUCCUGUGUCUGUGAGGGUAGGAGGAGAAAGGUUGAGGAAACUGGAGGGGGAAUUCCCUUGGGAAGCCAGGGGUUGAUCUCCCCCAGAGACACGUGAUGGCAAAUGUAAUAACUACUGCUUAAUAUCCCGCCCAAGGCAAAGUCAAUAAUUGCUUUGGGCAGCUCGGGCAGGUGGUGUGAGCAAGCAGUGGAGGCAGCAAAAAGCCUUGGCCUGGGAAAGGGAUACUGCUGGGGGGGAUGCGUGGAUCCUGAACGACGCUGUGACAGGGGCCUCCUGACCUUGGCUUUUCAAUCCUCCAGGACGGACAUGUCAGAAUUUCGCAACUCCUUGAUCCUCACAGCCUACAUCAUCAUCUUCCUCACUGGUCUCCCCGCCAACCUCCUGGCGCUGCGGGCCUUCGUGGGGCGGGUCCGCCAGCCCCACCCUGCCCCCGUCCACAUCCUCCUGCUCAGCCUGACGCUGGCAGACCUGCUGCUGCUGCUGCUGCUGCCCUUCAAGAUCAUUGAGGCCGCUCAGGGCCUCCAGUGGCAUCUGCCUGUGGUGCUCUGCGCCCUCACAGGCUUCGGCUUCUACAGCAGCAUCUACUGCAGCACAUGGCUCCUUGCAGGCAUCAGCAUCGAGCGCUACCUGGGAGUGGCUUUUCCGGUGCAGUACAAGCUCUCCCGCCGGCCGCUGUAUGGAGUGAUUGCUGCUCUGGUCGCCUGGAUCAUGUCCUUUGGUCAUGGCACCAUUGUGAUCGUCGUUCAGUACUUGAACUCGACCCCGCAGGCCACGAAUGAGAGCAUGUUUGUCUGCUAUGAGAAUUUCUCCAAAGAGCAACAGGACGUGGUGCUUCCCGUGCGGCUGGAGCUGUGCCUCGUCCUCUUCUUCGUCCCCAUGGUGGUGACCAUCUUCUGCUACUGGCGCUUUGUGUGGCUCAUGCUCACCCAGCCCCAUGUGGGGACCCAGAGGCGGCGCCGAGCUGUGGGGCUGGCUGUUGUGACACUUCUCAACUUCCUGGUGUGCUUUGGGCCUUAUAACGUCUCUCACCUGGUGGGGUUUCACACUGGAAAAAGCCCAGCAUGGCGAAUGGAAGCCGUGGUAUUCAGUUCACUCAACGCCUCUCUAGACCCCUUGCUUUUCUAUUUCUCCUCCUCAGCGGUGCGCAGGACCUUCAGCAAAGGACUGCAGGUGCUGCGGGACCAGGGCUCGUCCCUGCUGGGCUGCAGGUGCAGACAGACAGACGAGGUGACCCAUGGGGACAGAUGCGUGAACCACGCAGAGGGAAUGCCAAGUUGUGACUUCGUCAAAGGCUAG